AUGGGUGUUGUCCGCGACGGCGUGGCCUCCUUCUUAGCGCCCCGUUUGCGGCAGAUCUCCCUCCUGGUGGCCCUCGCAGGCGCCAUCUGGCUCAGCAUGUUCGACGCAUUCGACAGACCAACAGUCAUCGAAGAGCACGGCCUCGUCCCGGGCUAUGCACAGCACGGCUUCAGCACAUCACACAGCAGCCAGCAGCUGGGCGCCACGAGGCAAGAGCUGAGAGAAGCGACGGCUGACGUAUCAUCUAGAAGGUCAUCGUCUCAUGCUGCUACUGGUGCUGGUGGUGGUGUGGCGGGGCACCUGCAGUCGGCCCUUGAGCGGUCGGGGCUGCCAGCCUACAACAUCAGCUGGAGCUACUUCGAUGGGGAGGUGCGGGGCACGACAGUUGUGGCGGUGGUGCCGUCUGCUCGUGGCGACUCGAGGGAGAGCAUCGUGCUCGUCAUGGCCUCGGACUGGCGCGACAGGGACGACACGGCCACUCCCGCAGUGGGGCUCGCACUGGCGGACUACCUGCAGACGGUUCAGUGGCUUGCGCGUGACGUCAUUGUGAUCUUCACCGACCGGACGCUGCCGUACGCCGCAGGUCAGACACACACAGACAGGCAGACGGCUGUGAAUGGAUGGAUGUGUGUGGUUUGUCUGCAGGGGUCCGUGCGUUCCUUGACGGCUAUUUGCGUGACAAGGCGCCCUUUCCCCGCAGGGGCCUCAUGCGCCAGGCCGUCAUAUUCGAGAUCGACAAGGACCGCCCCAACCAAGUCGCCGUGACACUGGACAUCGGUACGCACAGCAUUUGCAACUAAAUGGGUCUUGCGUAUGUGUGUCUGUGUGCAGAGGGUGUGAACGGUCUGCAGCCGAACCAGGACCUGGUCAACGCCUAUGCGAUAGAGGCCAAGCAGGACGGCAUUAGAGCGGAGCCCAGAGAGGCCUGGGAUUCCGUCAACCGAAUGGCCACCGAUGCCGGGGCCGACCGAAUCCACUCGGCCUUCCUGCAGUAAGUCCAUCAUGCACACAAUCAUAAGGCAAUGAAGUGUUCGCUUCCUGCCCUUGUUGCCGUCAGGCGUGCCAUCCCUGCGUUGACCGCAGUGGCCUCGUCUAACCCGCGGGGCGGCAACGGCCAGCCCAAACUGACUCAGCUGGGCGGGUAAGGUCCAUGUGUACUGAUCCCCUUCCCUCUCUCUGAGUAUGCUGUGUGUGUCUUAUGUGUGCAUGCAGCUCGUUGGAGGGCAUCUUGCGUUGCCAGAGCAGCGCUCUGCAGGCGCUGCACCAUUCCUUCAACUUCUACUUCUUCACCAGACCCAACAGCCACGUGUCGUCCGGCCUCUACCUCUACCCCGUGUUCGGCAUGCUCAUGCCGCUCGCCGCAGCGGUCAGCCAAUGGAUGGAUGGAUGGAUGGAUUUGUCUGUCUUGGCUGGUGCUGGUUUGGUCGUCAGACGUUUCAGUGUCGGGUGUUUAGUGACGUGGGAGCUGUGAUGCUUGGCGCGACCGUCAUGCUCUCGGGCGUCAUCGCAGGCAGCCUCACGUCUUUCGCACUGGCCACACAGGUGAGAUCGGUCACACACAGCCAGAAAGCGGGGAACUUUGGUUUGCAUGCUGGCCCUUGUCUCUUCUUCAGAGUGGUCUUGUGGACCAGCUGUCAUCUUGGGGCAUUGGGGGUCUGCUCCCAUCAGCAUCCUCCCUCCUUCGCUGGAGGCAUGCAGGCCUCCUCACCCCGUCAUGCACACCAGCAGCUGCACACGACAAGCGCCAAGUGCGGACGGCCAGAAAGGUCAGCACAUCGAGAGGCUGCACUCCACGGCACCGCACCACUCACCGUGUGCUGUGCUGUGCUGUGUGUUGCAGAAGGCGUCUGUGUGGGUGUGGGUGGCGCUGAUGGGCUACGCCGCCGUCGGUCUCAUCUGUUUGGUCAGUGAGGCGCUCAUUCGACAGCCACGAUCAUCACGCCAGCCAGCCAAAGGCGACAGCGUGGCAAAGGGGAACGAAGCGACGGGUGAAGGGGAGCCGAGCAUCCGUGAGAUGCCGCCGCUGUGGAUGUGCGUCAAGAGUGUGGCGAGGGCGAUGGCCAUUCUCACAUUGGCACCACUCACGGUGAGCGAGCCAAGCCGAAUCCAUCCAUCCAUCCAUUGAUUUGGUGUCGACCCCCUUCCCUUUUGUUUAGGUGUACAACUGGGCUGCGUCAGUGUACUUGACGCCAUUAGUGGUGCCGCCGCUCCUGCUGGUGGAGCCUCUUACCUCACUCAUCGAUGCGCCACAGCAGCCGACGACCGCCCAAUCGCCCCCGCAGCACAGCGGCAGAUGGCGGUGGAAAUGGCGGCCUCGGCUGCGACGAAGCCAUCUGUUCGUCCUGC